AACAACAAACAAUUGGAUCAUUUUGUAUUUGUUAAAUUGUUAUUUUCGUGUUAGGCCCUAGGCUCGUCUCGUAGGCAGAGAUGUCAGGAAAGGCAAAGGAUAUCCUACAGCUGGACCUGUAUGGUUUGCUCGGUAUUGAGAGCACUGCUACAACGAAAGAGAUCAAGAAAGCUUAUCGACAGAAAGCAUUGACAUGCCAUCCGGACAAGAACCCAGACAACCCAAAAGCAGCUGAGCUCUUCCACCAGUUGUCCCAGGCUCUCGAGGUGCUCACUGAUGCUGCUGCCAAAGCUGCCUAUGACAAGAUUUGUGCUGCCAAGAAACAAGCAGAAGAAAGAACCAGGAAACUAGAUGACAAAAGGAAGAAAAUUAAGCUAGAUUUGGAAUCCAGAGAGCGACAAGCGGAAACCGAGAAUCAAGAGGAGGUGCAAAUCACUAGAACACUUGAAGAAGAGAUUGCUCGUUUGAGAGAGGAGGGAUCCAGGCAGCUUGAGGAGGAACAGAGGCUCAUCAGAGAGCAGAUCCAGAGAGAGAGAGAAGCACAGCAGCAGCAAACAGGAGACUUCACUCAGAGAAACUCAGGAGUGGAGAGAUGUUCCAAGAGCAAUGUGACCCCAAAACUGAAGUUGAAGUGGAAGUGUAAAAAAGAUGACAACACGAAUGGAGGCUACAGUCAAGACACUCUUUUCAGACUUCUACAAAAGUACGGGGAUGUUUUGAAUGUGAUUGUGUCGGCCAAGAAGAAAGGAAGUGCUGUGGUUGAAUUUGCAAGUGUGAGAGCAGCUGAGCUGGCAGUUAAGAAUGAAAGUGGCCUGAGUGACAACCCAUUGAAGAUUUCGUGGCUUGAAGGACAACCAGAGGUUAUUGCUCCAGCAUCACAGCCUGGCCAUUUCACAUCUACACAGAGUGCCCUGACAAAUGAACGCGACUACGAGAGCGUGGUGAUGAUGAAGAUGAGGCAGGCUGCAGAGCGACAGAGACUCAUAGAACAAAUGCAAAAAGAGGAUGAAGAAGAUGCCUAGUCAUUGCAUGGGAAGAUCCAGUCCGGUAUCAGCUUACAACCAUUUACAAAUACCUGUUUUAGGCUUUAGUUCCAUAAAGCCUCUCAUUUGUUUUAUUAUUUGUUUGUGAUACACUGUGUACUAAAAUAAGUCUUUAAUAAACUAAAGUGA